UCGUGGAGGUUGGAGAAGGAGCGGCGGAGCGCCGGGGACACACAGAGCCGUCAAACCAGACGCCGCGGUUUUCAACUGGACUCUUUUCCUCCCUUGUUUUCUUUUACUGGUCACCUACCAUGGACUUACCGAGCGGCGAGAAGUGUGCGGACUUUGUCUCUCCCUGAGCGAGCUGUGUUUCGUCUUGUGUUCUGACACCUUCUCCAUCUGCAGGAGGCGGACCUAAAAGCUGAGAAAAAUGUCAGACAAGAUGUCUAGUUUCCUCCACAUUGGGGACAUCUGCUCCCUGUAUGCGGAGGGCUCCACCAACGGCUUCAUCAGCACCCUGGGCCUAGUGGACGACCGCUGUGUUGUUCAACCAGAAGCUGGAGAUCUUAACAGCCCUCCUAAGAAGUUCCGCGACUGUCUCUUCAAGCUGUGUCCUAUGAAUAGAUACUCAGCACAGAAACAGUUCUGGAAAGCAGCAAAACCUGGCGGCAACAGCACUACUGACACAGUACUGCUCAACAAACUACAUCAUGCAGCGGAUCUGGAGAAGAAACAGAAUGAAUCUGAGAACAGGAAGCUGCUGGGGACGGUCAUUCAGUACGGCAACGUCAUUCAGUUGUUGCAUCUGAAAAGCAAUAAGUACUUGACGGUAAAUAAACGCCUACCUGCGCUUUUGGAGAAAAAUGCCAUGCGUGUCACCCUGGAUUCGGCUGGAAACGAGGGCUCCUGGUUCUACAUCCAGCCUUUCUACAAACUCAGAUCAAUAGGAGACAGUGUGGUGAUUGGAGACAAAGUGGUGUUGAACCCUGUAAACGCUGGACAGCCUCUUCACGCCAGCAGCCAUCAGCUGGUCGACAAUCCAGGGUGCAACGAGGUGAAUUCAGUAAACUGCAACACUAGCUGGAAAAUAGUCUUGUUUAUGAAAUGGAGUGACAACAAGGAGGUCAUUCUGAAAGGGGGUGAUGUGGUGCGGCUUUUUCACGCCGAACAGGAGAAGUUCCUAACGUGUGACGACUACAAGAAGAAGCACUAUGUCUUUCUCAGAACCACCGGCCGCCAGUCCGCCACGUCUGCCACCAGCAGCAAGGCGCUCUGGGAAGUGGAGGUGGUUCAGCAUGACCCAUGCAGAGGUGGUGCUGGUUACUGGAACAGCCUGUUCAGAUUUAAACACUUGGCCACAGGACACUAUCUGGCUGCAGAGGCGAGUAGUGAGGUAAAUCCGGAGUUUGAGGAAGAGUCUCAGGAGUCUCGUUCCUCAGCUGGUGAUUUUAUCCCCUUUAACUUCCAGCUGGACUUGGAGCACGAGGCUUUACGAGCUCGUCUGCGCGCGCCCAACGAGAAGGUCAUGUACACCCUCAUUUCUGUCCCCGACGGCAAUGACAUCUCCUCUAUCUUUGAGCUGGACCCUACCACUCUUAGAGGAGGAGACUCCCUGGUACCAAGAAACUCGUAUGUGCGAUUGCGGCACUUGUGCACAAACACAUGGGUUCACAGCACCAACAACCCCAUCGACAAAGAGGAAGAAAAACCCGUCAUGCUCCGGAUUGGCACGUCUGCUAUCAAAGAAGACAAGGAGGCCUUUGCUAUCGUGCCCGUCCCCCCUGCUGAGGUCAGGGACUUGGACUUCGCCAACGAUGCCAGUAAAGUGUUGGCGUCUAUCGCUGGUAAACUGGAGAAGGGCACUAUUACACAGAACGAAAGGAGGUUUGUGACCAAGCUGCUGGAGGAUUUGGUGUUCUUUGUGGUGGACAUCCCUAACAGUGGGCAAGAUGUGCUGGAGAUUAUGGUCAACAAGCCGAACCGCGAACGCCAGAAACUUAUGCGUGAACAGAACAUCCUGAAACAGAUCUUUAAGCUCUUGCAGGCUCCGUUCACAGACAGCGGCGACGGGCCCAUGCUCCGAUUGGAGGAGCUUGGCGAUCAGAGACACGCUCCUUUCAGGCACAUCUGUCGGCUGUGUUACCGAGUGCUCCGCCAUUCCCAGCAGGACUACAGGAAGAACCAGGAGUACAUUGCCAAGCAGUUCCGGUUCAUGCAGAAGCAGAUCGGCUACGACGUGCUGGCCGAGGACACCAUCACGGCACUUCUACAUAACAAUCGCAAGCUGCUGGAGAAGCACAUCACUGCAGCUGAGAUUGACACUUUCGUCAGCCUUGUGAGAAAGAACCGUGAACCUAGGUUUCUGGAUUAUCUCUCUGAUCUGUGUGUGUCCAUGAAUAAGUCCAUCCCUGUCACACAGGAGCUGAUCUGUAAUGCCGUGCUGGACCCGGCUAAUGCCGACAUCCUCAUAGAAACAAAACUCGUGUUGUCUCGGUUUGAGAUCGAUUCUCUGAAUAUCGGAGAGCCUCCGCUGGAGUCAGAGGAAGAUGUGGAAGAGGUGUGGUUGUUUUGGAAAGAUAGCGGGAAGGAUAUCCGCAGUAAGAGCAUCAGGGAGUUGGCACAGGAUGCUAAAGAAGGCCAGAAGGAAGACCAGGAGGUUGUCAGUUACUACAGGUACCAGUUAAACCUGUUCGCUCGUAUGUGCCUCGACCGCCAGUAUCUGGCCAUUAACAAAAUCUCAGGGCAGCUAGACGUGGACUUGAUCCUGCGCUGCAUGUCAGACGAGGACCUGCCCUACGACCUGCGUGCUUCCUUCUGCCGCCUCAUGCUGCACAUGCAUGUGGAUCGUGACCCCCAGGAACCCGUUACACCAGUGAAAUACGCCCGCCUUUGGUCCGAGAUCCCCUCCAAGAUCGCCAUCGAUGAUUAUGAUAAUGACGGCACCACCAGAGAUGAAAUUAAGGAGCGUUUCGCUCUAACUAUGGAGUUUGUGGAGAAUUAUCUGAGAGUUGUGGUCUGUCAGAAUGUUCCUUUCUCAGACAAGGAGAAAAACAAACUCACAUUUGAGGUUGUGAACCUCGCUCGGAACCUCAUCUAUUUUGGCUUCUACAGCUUCAGCGACUUGCUGCGGCUGACCAAGAUCCUGCUCGCCAUAUUAGACUGCGUGCAUGUUAGCACCAUAUAUCCCAUCAACAAGAUGGAGAAAGGCGAUGAGAACAAAGCAGGUAGUAACGUUAUGAGGUCUAUUCAUGGUGUCGGGGAACUGAUGACUCAGGUUGUGCUCAGGGGGGGCGGCUUUCUGCCCUCCACCCCUACAGCACCCCCGGACGGAGAGGUGGGCAAGACCCAGACGGAGCCUGAGAAGGAGGACAUCCUGGUGAUGGACACCAAGCUAAAGAUCAUUGAGAUCCUCCAGUUCAUCCUGAACGUGCGUCUGGACUACAGGAUCUCCUGCUUGCUGUGCAUUUUUAAAAAAGAGUUCGAUGGAAGCAACACUCAGACUGAAACGCUGCCUAAUCCUAACGCUAAUGGUAACACUAGUGCUAAUGCUACUACUACCACAGCUACCGCUAAUGGGGAUGGUCUUAAUAGUAUACCAGCUCUAGAUUUUGAGAAGAUCGAAGAGCAGGCCGAGGGGAUCUUUGGUGCAAGCGAGGAAAACACACCACUCGACCUUGAUGACCACGGAGGCAGAACUUUCCUAAGGGUUCUUCUGCACCUCACCAUGCAUGACUACCCUCCUCUGGUGUCUGGGGCUUUACACCUACUCUUCAGACACUUCAGCCAGAGACAGGAAGUGCUCAUGGCUUUCAAGCAGGUUCAGCUCCUAGUGACUAGUCAGGAUGUUGAUAACUAUAAACAGAUAAAGUCUGACCUGGACCAGCUGCGCUCCAUUGUGGAGAAGUCUGAGUUGUGGGUGUACAAGCGCCAGGGGGAAGAUGUGCUGGACGGAGGCGAUGGUCCUGCUGAGACUGACCACAAAAAGAAGGGUGACUCUAGUGGCACGGAGAAAAAUAAAACGGAGAGCACAAGCAGCUAUAAUUACAGGGUUGUCAAGGAGAUCCUAUUAAGGCUCAGCAAGUUGUGCGUACAGGAGGGAGCAUCGGGAAAGAAAAGUAAGAAACAGCAGCAGAGGCUGCUGAGGAACAUGGGAGCUCACACGGUGGUACUCGAGCUACUUCAGAUCCCGUAUGAGAAGGGUGAGGAUGUUAGAAUGCAGGAGAUCAUGAAACUGGCUCACGAGUUCCUGCAGAACUUCUGUGCUGGGAACCAGCAGAACCAAGCCCUGCUCCACAAGCACAUUAACCUCUUUCUCAAUCCAGGGAUCCUAGAGGCCGUCACCAUGCAGCACAUCUUCAUGAAUAACUUCCAGCUGUGCAGCGAGAUCAACGACCGCGUAGUGCAGCACUUCGUGCACUGCAUCGAAACACACGGCCGCCACGUCCAGUACCUCAAGUUCCUUCAGACCAUCGUCAAGGCCGAGAACAAGUUCAUCAAGAAGUGCCAGGAUAUCGUGAUGGCAGAGCUGGUGAAUGCCGGAGAGGACGUGUUGGUGUUCUACAACGACCGAGCCUCCUUCCAGACACUGGUGCAGAUGAUGCGUUCGGAGCGAGACAGGAUGGACGAGAACAGUCCACUUAUGUACCACAUCCACUUGGUGGAGCUGCUAGCCGUGUGCACCGAGGGCAAAAACGUCUACACCGAGAUCAAGUGCAACUCGCUGCUGCCUCUGGAUGACAUCGUCCGUGUCGUCACCCAUGAGGACUGCAUCCCUGAGGUGAAGAUUGCAUAUAUCGACUUCCUAAACCACUGCUAUGUAGACACAGAGGUGGAGAUGAAGGAGAUCUACACAAGCAACCACAUGUGGAAGCUCUUUGAGAACUUCCUGGUUGAUAUAUGCAGGGUCUGCAACAACACGAGCGACCGCAAGCACGCCGACUCCACAUUGGAGCGCUAUGUCACUGAGACGGUCAUGAGCAUCGUCACCACUUUCUUCAGCUCCCCUUUUUCCGAUCAGAGCACUAGUUUACAGAUUGCACGUCACAUGUAUACUCGUCAGCCGGUUUUUGUGCAGCUGUUGCAGGGUGUUUUCCGGGUGUACCACUGUAGCUGGCUAACGCCCACCCAGAAGGCGUCAGUGGAGAGCUGUAUCAAAGUCCUCUCAGACGUGGCUAAAAGUCGGGCAAUCGCCAUUCCGGUUGACCUGGACAGCCAGGUGAACAACCUGUUUGUAAAAUCUAACAACGUCGUCCAGAAGACCAUCUUGAAUUGGAGGAUGUCGGCUCGGAAUGCCUCCAGACGAGACUCCACGAUCGGUGCUUCUAAAGACUACAGAAACAUCAUCGAGAGGCUGCAGGACAUUGUCUCUGCGCUGGAGGACCGCUUACGGCCCCUGGUGCAGGCCGAGCUCUCCGUCCUCGUGGACGUCCUCCACAGACCUGAGCUGCUCUUCCCCGAGAACACGGAGGCUCGGAAGAAGUGCGAGAGUGGAGGCUUCAUCUCCAAGCUAAUAAAACACACUAAGCAGCUGUUGGAGGAGAAUGAGGAGCGUUUGUGCAUUAAGGUUCUUCAGACUCUCAGGGAAAUGAUGACCAAAGACCGGGGUUAUGGAGAGAAGCUGAUUGCCUUUGACGAUGAGCUGGAUGUGGCUGAGCUGCUUCCCCCGCCUGAGCCAGAGAACCUUGCCGAGGACCUUGAUCCCAACCAGCCCCAGAAGCAAAUGGAGGAUCAGAAGCGGGGUGAAGCUUUGAGGCAAAUCCUUGUAAAUCGUUACUAUGGCAACUUCAAGCCAGGAGGACGGAGGGACAGCCUGACCACCUUCAGCAACGGACCCCUCGGCCCUGGGGCACAGAGUAAACCUCCCACAGCAUCUGCUGGAGCUACGGUGGGAGCUCGAGGGGAGCUGAGCCUGGCCGAGGUGCAGUGUCACCUGGACAGAGAGGGAGCGUCUGACCUGGUCAUCGACCUCAUCAUGAACGCCACUAGUGACCGCAUCUUUCAGGAGAGCAUCUUGUUAGCCAUCGCCCUGCUCGAGGGAGGAAACCCCGUCAUACAGAGAUCAUUCUUUAUCAGGCUGACGAGGGACAAUAAGUCGGAGAAGUUCUUCAAGGUGUUUUAUGAGCGGAUGAAACUGGCCCAGCAGGAGAUAAAAGCCACCGUGACUGUCAACACCAGCGACUUGGGCAGCAAGCGCAAAGAUGAGGACACAAACGACAAGGAGGCACCCACCAAAAAGAAAGUAAAGGAUGUUGCUGUGGUCACAGAAGAGGUACGCGAGCAGCUUCUGGAAGCUUCUACGGCCACAAAGAAGGCUUUCACUGCGUACAGACGGGAAGUGGACUCAGACGAGCAUCUGGGCGGUGGUGAGGUCCAGACCAACUCGGGGGAGAAGAACCAGGACGAGAACGAGAUGAGCGUCACCAUCACCAUCAUGCAGCCCAUCCUGCGCCUCAUGCAGCUGCUCUGCGAAAACCACAACCGCGAGCUGCAGAACUUCCUGCGCUGCCAGAACAACAAGAACAAUUAUAACCUGGUGUGUGAGACACUGCAGUUCCUCGACUGCAUCUGUGGCAGCACCACAGGAGGUCUGGGUCUGCUGGGGCUCUACAUUAACGAGAAGAACGUGGCUCUCAUCAACCAAACUGUGGAGAGCCUCACCGAGUACUGCCAGGGCCCCUGCCACGAGAACCAGAACUGCAUCGCAACUCACGAGUGCAACGGCAUUGACAUCAUCAUCGCACUCAUUUUAAAUGACAUCAACCCUCUGGGCAAGAAGAGGAUGGACCUUGUGCUAGAGCUGAAGAAUAACGCCUCCAAGCUGCUUCUGGCCAUCAUGGAGAGCCGUCAUGACAGUGAGAACGCAGAGCGGAUCUUGUACAAUAUGAGGCCUAAAGAACUGGUGGAGGUGAUAAAGAAGGCGUAUAUGCAAGGAGAGGUUGAAGUGGAGCACACAGAGGAGGACGGGGAGGGCGAGGAAGAGCAUGCCGCCUCCCCGCGCAACGUCGGCCACAACAUUUACAUCCUGGCUCAUCAGCUGGCCAGACAUAACAAGGAGCUGCAGGCCAUGCUGAAAGCAGGAGGAACGUACGGCGAGGGCGACGAAGCUCUGGAGUUCUACGCCAAACACACAGCUCAAAUAGAGAUCGUGCGCCUGGACCGCACCAUGGAGCAGAUCGUCUUCCCCGUGCCCAACAUCUGCGAGUUCCUCACGCAGGAGUCCAAGCUGCGUGUGUACUACACCACGGAGCGAGACGAACAGGGCAGCAAAAUCAAUGACUUCUUCCUGCGCUCUGAGGACCUCUUCAAUGAGAUGAACUGGCAGAAGAAACUGCGAGGUACUCAAGAGACCUCUGGUAGCGCAGACUCCGUGCCCUCUCAGCCCAUUCUGUACUGGUGCUCAAGAAACAUGUCCUUCUGGAGCAGCAUCUCCUUUAACCUGGCUGUCCUCAUGAACCUUCUCGUGGCCUUCUUCUACCCACUGGAGGGGGUCCGUGGAGGAACUCUCGAGCCUCAUCUGUCGGCGUUGUUGUGGGCAGCCAUGUUGGUGUCUCUGGCCAUUGUGAUUGUUCUGCCGCAGCCCCACGGGAUACGAGCUCUCAUCGCAUCCACCAUCCUGAGACUCAUCUUCUCUGUGGGACUCGAACCCACGCUCUUCCUGCUUGGGGCGUUCAAUGUGUGCAAUAAGGUGAUCUUCCUGAUGAGUUUUGUGGGAAACCGGGGGACGUUCACACGGGGUUAUAAGGCUAUGAUCAUGGAUGUGGAGUUCCUGUACCACCUCCUCUACCUCAUCAUCUGCAUCCUGGGUGUCUUCGUACAUGUCUUCUUCUACAGCCUGCUGCUGUUCGAUCUGAUCUACCGAGAGGAAACUCUGCUGAAUGUGAUAAAGAGCGUGACGAGGAACGGGCGCUCUAUCGUGCUCACCGCCGUGCUCGCGCUCAUCCUCGUCUAUCUGUUCUCCAUCGUCGGCUACAUCAUCUUCAAGGAUGACUUCAUUCUGAACGUCGACCGAAUCCCAAAUAAAACACUCGAGCAAACCGCUAGUAUGAUGAGCGAGUUCCUGUCAGGUGGGGUUUGUCAGAAAGAAGGUGGAGAGAACUGUUCAUCAGAGGCCACGGUGGAAUCUGUGGCAGCAGUGGUGGUGGAGGAUAAGGAGCGAACAUGCGACUCUUUGCUCAUGUGCAUCGUGACUGUGCUCAGUCACGGCCUCCGUAGCGGUGGGGGAGUCGGGGAUGUGUUACGAAAGCCUUCUAAAGAGGAGCCUCUGUUUGCAGCCAGAGUGAUCUAUGACCUGCUCUUCUUCUUCAUGGUCAUCAUCAUCGUCCUAAACCUGAUCUUUGGUGUCAUUAUCGACACCUUCGCCGAUCUGAGAAGUGAAAAGCAAAAGAAAGAGGAGGUCCUCAAGACCACCUGCUUCAUCUGCGGCUUGGAAAGGGACAAGUUUGAUAACAAGACGGUGACAUUCGAGGAACACAUCAAGGUGGAGCACAACAUGUGGCAUUACCUGUUCUUCAUUGUGCUUAUUAAAGUGAAGGACUCCACCGAGUACACGGGACCCGAGAGCUACGUUGCCGAGAUGAUCAGGGAGCACAACUUGGACUGGUUUCCUCGCAUGCGGGCGAUGUCGCUGGUGAGCAGUGACGCAGAGGGUGAGCAGAACGAGAUCAGGAACCUGCAGGAGAAACUCGAGUCCACCAUGAAACUGGUCUCCAACCUGUCCGGUCAGCUGACCGAACUGAAAGAGCAGAUGACUGAACAGCGUAAGCAGAAGCAGAGGAUCGGACUCCUCGGACAUCCCCAGCACAUGAAUGUGAACCCUCAGCAGCCUGCCUGAGCGUGUGUGUGUGUGUGUGUGUGUGUGUAGAUGAGCUUCAGCACAGGCCUUGAACUGCCACGCUACACAUCUGCCCUUAGAAGUAGACCUGCAAAACUCCUUCCAGACUUACGCACACUAAAUAAGGGGGAAAAAAAAUGAAUUAAACACACAGAAGAUUUUCUGCCCCUCAGUCCCUCGGUCAGGUUGGGUGGAGAAGGUUGACUGACUGCAGUAAUUAUGCUGGGGGACACUAGAAUUUGGGGCUACACUGGACAGUAGGACUAGUUAUAGAUGCUGCUUGGAGAAGUGUUAAAGAGGCGUCGUUUUUUUUUUUUUGUAUUUCCUAAACCAGUAAGCAAGCAGUAUUUAAUGUCUUAUUUUUGUAUUUUGUGCAAUAUUACCACUUUAAUAUGCAAAUUUGUUGAGCUGUACAAUGUGUCUUAAAGAGAUGACACUCAUCUCUCACGUUAAACGCUUUUCAUCCCCCUCUCCUUCGGCCUUUUCUUUUUCUGCUACGUGAUUCUACUGGAACACUCAUAACGUCAAGCUCAUAGAGUCAACUUAGCAAGAAUUCCUUUCCUUUCUUAUUUAUUAAUGUAUUUAUUUUUAAAUAUGUAAUAAAUAUCAUUUAAAGGGGACUGACGACGCCAUGGUGCAGGCCUUUAUGCAUUAUGUUCUUUACUUUUUUUUCUUUUUCUUUAUUUUUGCUUGUUCAGAAAAUAAAUAAAAGGUCAUUAACUUUUUCUGAGGUGGUAAAAUUCUAAGGUUUAGCAUUUAAUCUGUUUAGAUCGGUUAAGCUUUGUUUAUGUGUUUUAAUCCUAAGUGACUUUAGUAUCUAGAGCAUUUUUUAAGUAUUUGGCCUGGUAUCAUUCGCAUCACGAGAGCCUCCCGAGAGUCCGUACCUGUCGUGGAUUCUGCAGUGAGAGAAACGGCGAGUGAGUCAAUCUGUAAACGCAGCACAAUGUAAUAAUCUCUACAGGAGAGAGUAAGUGCUCAGAACAAUACUUGCACUACCAUCGUCUUACAAAAACACGCCACAUCUCUCUGACCCGCCGUCUUUAUUUCCAGGUUUCUGUAAAAGAUGUGGACAUGUUUGUCAGGUCUUUGCUUUUGUAUAGAGACUUUUUUUUUUCUUCCCCCUAGAGGCAUAAUACAAUUUAAUAGCACUGUUAAUGAAAGUUAUAUGAAAUAUUAAUUAUAAUUUAAUACAUGUCAAGAUUGUAAAUUAAUUUAGCAAUAUUUAAUAAAUCCUGUAAUUCACCUUGGA